CAGAUUAUCCUUUGUAUCCGUGCAUUUUAGCCAUUGUCAGUAUGCAAUCUGUCUAUUUCUAUCUACUGAAAUUGUCGGAGAAGAAAAGGGAGAAAUCUUUUUGAGAUAGAAGAGUAUAGCUCCGGAAGCCAGUUGCCACCGUUCCCUGUACCGCCGUUAUGGCAGCGUUUUCCGGCCGCUGGUGACUCUAAUCUGAGCUGCUGAUGGCUGCCCCGGUUCCGGCCCCCACAAACGCGUUCGAUCUCUACCGUCCGGUUCGAUCGCUUACCGUUUCGGGAAAGUGAUGCAUAAAAUAUUUAACUGUUGGCGAAAGCAGCAGCAGCAGCUUUGUUAUUUUAUUUAUGUGGUUGUGUUUUGGUUCCCUUUAUGUGUGGGUGUACGGACGGGGUUUGAUUUGAAGAUGUGGGUAGUGAUCAAACACUUUGAAUUAGGAACUCUGAGUUUGAUUUUAUUAGUAGAGAGAAGGUUUUCCAUGGAAGUUCUAUAGUAGUAGCUGCUUUUUUGGGUGUAAUUGUAUUUUUUUUUUCUCCCUUUUGUUUUCAAUUAGAGUAGGGUUUGUUUAGGAUAUUUUUGUCAAUUUUAGGCUAUGGAGGCUAAAGAGCUAAAUUUGAACAAAGAGUGUAAGGUUGGAGGAGAUGGGUUUAUAGAUAGGAGCAAAGUAAGGAUUUUGCUUUGUGAUAAUGAUUCCAGGAGUUCCGAGGAGGUUUCUUCCCUUCUUCUCAGAUGCUCUUAUCAGGUGACAUCAGUAAAGUCUGCUAGGCAAGUUAUUGAUGCAUUGAAUGCGGAAGGACCUGAUAUCGAUAUCAUUCUUGCUGAAGUUGACCUCCCAAUGACCAAAGGCAUGAAGAUGCUGAAGUAUAUUAUGCGAGAUAAGGAUCUCCGCCGUAUUCCUGUGAUUAUGAUGUCGGCACAAGAUGAGGUGUCUAUUGUUGUCAAGUGCUUGAGGCUUGGGGCUGCUGAUUAUCUUGUCAAGCCUUUAAGAACAAAUGAACUAUUGAACCUUUGGACACACAUGUGGAGAAGGCGACGGAUGCUUGGUCUUGCUGAAAAAAACAUCUUAAACUAUGACUUUGAUCUAGUGGCAUCAGACCCCAGUGAUGCUAAUACAAACAGUACUACUCUCUUCUCGGAUGACACUGAUGAGAAGUCCCGGAAGAGUGCUAAUCCAGAGAUGGGGGUGUCAACUAAUCAGGAAGAUGAAUCUGUUGCUGUUCCUGUUCCUGCUGCUGUAGAGCCCCCUCAAAUUUAUUUAUCAGAAUAUCGUCCUGAUGUGCCAGGGAUAGUUGACCGCCGAACAGGUCAAUUUUCAUCUGUGCCAAAGAAAAGUGAGCUAAAAAUUGGUGAGUCCUCAGCCUUCUUUACAUAUGUAAAGUCAAGUCCACUCAAAAACAAUUCCAAAGGGGUCACUUUGAUUGAGGAUAAUGCUGCACAACGUUUGAGGAUUGAAGAGACUCCUGAGCCUUGUGUUCAACUGGCUGUUAAUGAUGCCCAAGUACAUGAAAAUGGAGAAGCCUGGGAAAAUAGUUCCCCAGGUGAUGACUUCCCAAGCAGCAGUAGCAUCCCUGAUUCUCUUUCCCUUGAGAGGUCUUGCACCCCAUCUGUCUCAGUGGAGUUUUCAGAACAAAGGAAUUUCAAUGAAGAAAAGUUCUCUCAAGUGCUUGUGCCUCCAACAAAUAAACAUCAACAUGAUGUAUCUGGUUUACCUGCACAAACUGCAUAUCCAUAUUAUAUGUCUGGAGUUAUGAUGCCUGGAUCAUCACCGUUGUUUCAGAAGAACCUCCAUGAUCUUCAAAACCAUGCUUCCCCAGCUGUUUUGUCUCAGUACAAUCAUAUGCCUCAAUGUCUUCCUCAUAUGACUGGGAUGGCGUCAUUCCCCUACUACCCAGUUAGUAUGUGUGUCCAGCCUGGUCAAAUGCCUACAACUCAUUCAUGGCCAUCAUUUGGAAGUUCAUCUUCCAGUGAAGUGAAAGUAAAUAAGGUUGAUAGAAGAGAGGCAGCACUACUAAAGUUUAGGCAGAAAAGGAAGGAGCGCUGUUUUGAUAAGAAGAUUAGGUAUGUUAAUCGGAAAAAGCUGGCUGAAAGGAGGCCACGAGUGAGGGGACAGUUUGUGAGGAAGGUAAAUGGUGUAGAUGUUGAUCUUAAUGGGCAACCUGCUUCUGCUGAUUAUGAUGAGGAUGAAGAAGAGGAGCUGGCAUCAAGGGAUUCUUCUCCCGAGGAUGAUACUUCAGGAGGGUGUUAAUCAAAUUCAUACUUAUUCGGGAUGCUAUCCUACUCCUGUCUGUUUCCACAAUGCAACUAGUGCUACGGUAUUUCAUUGACUUGAAGUAGUCUCUAUACAUCACUGUAUUGAUUGAAGAGCAUUGAUAGGAACAAAUGUAAUAGGAUAAAAGCACCCGUCCUGUGCAAUCGUGGAUUGCUUCCAUCGUUUGGAUGCCUAGGGUUAUCUUGGUUAACCUUAUCAAGGUUGGCAGUGGCUCAAAAGCCUUAGAUUGGAAGCUUCUGGCUAAACCCAUUUCCCUACUGAACGUUUUGUGCUUGUAUUUUAACAAUAUUUUCAUAUUCAGAUAAUCUCUCACAAAUUUCGGUUUUUGUGAGGAAAAUGGGACUUCUGGAAAUCUGUUCUCGAGGGAGAAUGUAGUUACAAGAAAUGGAAAGCGUUGAAAUCUAGGAUGUUAUAAUAUUCU